UGACUUUCUAAUAAAGGAUAAAGUAAGUAAUAAUAAAAGCACUUGCUAAUAUAAUUUUGCUUGGUAUGCAUGCAGGCAGGAGGAAAAUGGUAUGAAGUAGAAACCGGAAGAAGAGAUGGAGUUGUUUCACGUAAAGAUGAAGCACAAGCAAAUAUUCCUCCACCAACAAUGCCAGUGCCUCAAGCCAUAGAAUUGUUUGCUAGGAAAGGACUCAACAAACAUGAUUUCGUCGUUCUUUUAGGUGGACAUACUGUUGGAACUGCACAUUGUCACUCAUUCAAAGAGCGUUUAUACAAUUUCCGAAAUACCAACAAACCAGACCGAUCCAUUAGCCCAUCUCUUCUCCAACUUCUGCAAAAGACAUGUCCUCUUAACAGUAAAACUGACAAUGAAACAUUCCUAGACCAAACAACAAAUAGCCACUUCAAGAUUGACAAUGCUUACUACAAGCAAAUUCUAGCACACAACGGCGUAAUGGAGAUUGAUCAAAACUUGGCAUCAAAUCCCUCUACUAGAGGCCUAGUUAUCGGACUAGCCAAAAGUCCUAAUCAAUUCCUAGACCAAUUUGGUCCGGCCAUGGUCAAGAUGGCUAGGAUUGGAGUUCUCACAGGCAACCAAGGGGAGAUAAGAAAAUCUUGUGGUUCCGUCAAUUAGUUAAAGUUUUAUUUUCUCAAUCCAAUUCUAAUUUUUGUUCUUUGUUAUUUGUUAUUUGUUGUUGUCGAGGUUGUCGUUGUUGUAUUAAUAGAAGGUGGGUCGUAGUUGAUAUGCAUGGGAAGCUCCAUGUGAUAAUGCGCUGAAUUAGAUUCAUCAUUGCAUCACCAAGACAAAAAAUGUAGGGACAAAUUUUUGUUCACCUUUAUAUGUGCCUUUAUUCUACGGAAUAGUCAAAGAAGCUAAGUUUUUCAAUUGUGUUUGCUAAUACGUAAGUACGCGACACAAAUAAA